AUGAACAACAACCUCUUGCAGAGUUAUCAAUUUCGAAACAUGACGACUGUUUCCCGAGCCAAUAUGAUGCAGUUCAGUGAGGACAUCAUAAAGAUGUUGACUCCUGAGGAGAUUGAUGAAUUUCGAGAAGCUUUCAUGAUGUUCGACAAGGAUGGCAAUGGAACCAUCUCAACUAAGGAAUUGGGAAUUGCCAUGCGUUCUCUCGGCCAGAAUCCAACUGAGCAAGAAAUUUUGGAAAUGAUUAAUGAAGUCGAUAUUGAUGGUAACGGACAAAUCGAGUUUUCGGAGUUCUGCGUUAUGAUGAAACGGAUGAUGAAAGAAACGGAUUCCGAAAUGAUUCGAGAAGCUUUUCGUGUUUUCGAUAAAGACGGAAAUGGUGUUAUCACAGCUCAAGAGUUCAGAUAUUUUAUGGUCAAUAUGGGAAUGCAAUUCUCAGAAGAAGAAGUCGAUGAGAUGAUUCGGGAAGUGGAUGCUGAUGGUGACGGAGAAAUUGACUACGAAGAGUUCGUAAAGAUGAUGUCUGAUCGCUGA